GGAAGGCUCGGGGGCGCGCUCGCGGCAGCCCGUAACCGCAUGUGCGCACGUAGGGCCGGCGAGGGCCGGAGGGGUUCUGGGCUGGAGGCCGCCCUGGCUGCAGUGGCGCCGCCGGCCGCGCGGCCCCAGGGACCGGGACUGGCUUCCGGAGCUGCCCGCCUGCCGCCGGGCCCGCCCCCGCCGGCCCGGGCCCGCCCCGGCGCCCCGCCCCUUGGCCUUGCCGCGGGCGCCCUGCGGCCGCGCGAAGGCGGCUAUGGCGGUGCCGGGCGCGCUGUCCGCGCCAGCCAGACUACGGUAAUGAGUUGGUGGCCUAGCAACCUCCAAAGUUGCCGAAACAAAGGGGAUUUGGCGAUGGAGGCUUUGUUGGAAGGAAUACAAAAUCGGAGACGUGAUGGGGGUUUUUUGACAUCCUGUGAAGCAGAACUACAGGAGCUCAUGAAACAGAUUGACAUAAUGGUGGCUCAUAAAAAGUCUGAAUGGGAAGGGCAGACACAUGCCCUAGAAACUUGCCUGGACGUCCGUGAGCGGGAACUUAAGACUCUUAGGAGUCAGUUGGAUAUGAAACACAAAGAGGUUGGAAUGUUACGUCAACAAGUAGAAGAACAGGAAAAAGUCAAGCAAGAGAUGGCCGUGGAGUAUAAGCAGGAGUUAAAGAAACUGCAUGAAGAAUUAGGCAGACUGAAGAGAAGCUAUGAAAAGCUACAGAAAAAGCAUAUAAGGGACUUCAGAGGAAACACCAAAAAUCACAGGGAAGAUCGGUCUGAAAUUGAGAGGUUAACUGGAAAAAUAGAGGAAUUCCGUCAGAAAUCACUGGACUGGGAGAAGCAGCGCUUGAUUUAUCAGCAACAGGUGUCUUCUCUGGAGGCACAAAGGAAGGCGCUGGCUGAACAGUCAGAGAUAAUUCAGGCUCAGCUUGCCAAUCGGAAACAGAAGUUAGAGUCUGUGGAGCUGUCCAGCCAGUCGGAAAUUCAGCACCUGAGCAGUAAGCUGGAGCGGGCCAAUGACACUAUCUGUGCCAAUGAGUUGGAAAUAGAGCGCCUCACCAUGAGGGUCAACGACUUGGUUGGAACUAACGUGACUGUUAUGCAAGAGCAGCGGCAAAAAGAAGAAAAAUUGAGAGAAUCUGAAAAACUGUUAGAGUUUCUUCAGGAAGAAAAGAGAGAAUUGAAGGCAACUCUUCAGUCUCAAGAAAAUUGCAUCCGUGAGGAAAGAAUGCAGAAGGAGAAGCUACAAGCAAAAUUAAAGGCAGCUGACACUAAACACGCAGUAGAGGCCAUAAGGUCACUGGAGGAGUCUCAGGCAGAAAGGAGGUACCCCUCUCAAGGGCAGGGGGACUUAGACCUUGUGCUCUCCCAGCUGGAUUUUACCCAUACAAGUGAAGAACUUCUGCAGGCAGAGGUGACUCGUUUGGAAGGCAGCUUGGAAUCUGUGAGUGCAACAUGUAAACAGCUGAGCCAAGAACUAAUGGAAAAAUAUGAAGAAUUGAAGAAGAUGGAGGUGUAUAACAAUGAGUACAGAGCAGAGAUUAAGAAGCUGAAAGAUCAGAUUUUGCAGACUGAACAGAGUUAUAGUUCUGCGCUAGAAGGAAUGAAGAUGGAGAUCUCACAGCUCACUCGAGAGUUACAUCAGCGAGAUAUCACUAUUGCUUCCACCAAAAGUUCUUCCUCUGACAUGGAAAAGCGACUCAAAGCAGAGCUACAAAAGGCAGAGGAAAAAGCAGUAGAGCAUAAGGAGAUUUUGGAUCAGCUGGAGUCAGUCAAGUUAGAAAAUCGUCAUCUUUCUGAAAUGGUGAUGAAAUUGAAAUUGGGUUUACAUGAGGCAAAAGAGAUUUCACUAGCAGACCUCCAGGAGAAUUAUAUUGAGGCAUUAAAUAAAUUAGUGUCUGAAAAUCAACAACUACAGAAAGAUUUGAUGGAUACCAAAUCUAAGCUGGAGAUUUCUACUCAGAUGUGCAAAAAAAACCAUGACAGGAUCUUUAAACCAACACACAGCAGAGCACCUGAGUUCAAGAAUACAGAGUUCAAGCCAACCCAUGGCCAGCACAGACAUGAUGGAAUAAAGACUGACCACUACAAAACAGGCCUUCAUUCUCCGAGAGGACAAGCGUCGGAUAGUACAGAGCCCGUGUCCAGGGUCCUCAGCCCCCUGAGUCCUCAAAUCAGCUCUUGCAGCUCCACCAUCUCUUUGCCUUCUAACUUUCUGUGUAAAACUCAGUCUUUGCCUUCAGUGCUAGAUACAAAUGAAGCCAGUUUUUCUGACACUGUCUCUGAGAGUAUAAAUGACCACGAAGAGUUUAUAUCUUCGUGUGCCUUGCCCGUAUCUCCCCUUGGGUCAAUAGCUACAAGGUUUUUGGAAGAGGAGGAACUGAGGUCCCAUCAUAUUCUAGAGCGGCUGGAUGCCCACAUUGAAGAACUGAAAAGAGAGAGUGAAAAGACGGUGAAACAAUUCACAGCCCUAAAGUAGCCUCUCCAGAAUCACAAACUUGGAAAUAAAAAUAAACAACACAGAGCUACUGUCAUCUGAAGUAGUGCCUCUUUAAAAACAGGAAUGCAUAAAAAUCGCCCAGGUGAGACAUACUAAAGCCGUUAUGAAGAAAUCUGAAAAGCUGUUACUUCUUUAAGGCAUUUUCACUGCACUGGUUUAUUUGAAGGACUUUUUCCAGCAAUAACUUGGAAGAAUAAACCACUUUGCUAGACUUU